GAGAUUCUAGAGGUGGAGCAGUUUCCGAGAAAAGGGCGUCCUCCUUUCAUGUUUGUCUCCCCGGAGGAGGAAGGGGCGGUCUCUGCGCCACACCACAGCCGGAAUUAGCCCCUGCUCGCUCGGCUCGGCUCGGUUCGCGUCCCGCCGACUCAGAAACGGGACCGGAGAGCGAGAGAAAGUGAGGGAGAGAGGCUCGCAACAUUUUACCAGGAAGAGAAGAAGCAGAAAGAGAGAGAGGGCGGUCGGAGUUUAAAGAGUCUUCGGAAAGCAGCGGGAAUUAAACCGAAGAAGAAGAGGAGGAGGAGCGGGAGUCCAGGAGAAGAAGAAGAUGCCUCUGGCUCAGCUGGCGGAUCCCUGGCAGAAGAUGCCGGUGGGGGGGACGGCUGGAGAGGAGGCGCAUCACGACCCCGAAGACACAGCGGGGGACGACGACUCGAUGACGGCCUGCACCGAUGACGUUCCCAUCAAAGAGAUCAGCAUCACCCACCAUGUGAAGGAGGGGUCGGAGAAGGCCGACCCGCGCCAGUUCGAGCUCCGGAAAGUUCUGGGUCAGGGUUCGUUUGGGAAGGUGUUUCUGGUGAGGAAGGUCACAGGACCGGACGCAGGUCAGCUCUACGCCAUGAAGGUCCUGAAGAAAGCCACGCUGAAAGUUCGUGACCGGGUCAGAACCAAGAUGGAGAGGGACAUCCUGGUGGAGGUCAACCACCCCUUCAUCGUCAAGCUGCAUUACGCGUUUCAGACGGAGGGGAAGCUUUACCUCAUCCUGGACUUCCUGAGAGGAGGAGACCUGUUCACCCGCCUCUCCAAGGAGGUCAUGUUCACCGAGGAGGACGUGAAGUUCUACCUGGCGGAGCUCGCUCUGGCCCUCGACCACCUUCACGGCCUCGGCAUCAUUUACAGAGACCUGAAGCCUGAAAACAUCCUGCUGGACGAGGCCGGACACAUCAAGCUGACAGACUUCGGCCUGAGCAAAGAGUCGAUAGACCACGAGAACAAGGCCUACUCCUUCUGCGGGACGGUGGAGUACAUGGCGCCCGAGGUGGUGAACCGGCGGGGACACACGCACAGCGCCGACUGGUGGUCGUACGGCGUGCUGAUGUUUGAGAUGCUGACGGGAACGCUGCCGUUCCAAGGCAAAGACCGGAAGGAGACGAUGACAAUGAUCCUCAAAGCCAAGCUGGGAAUGCCGCAGUUCCUCAGCUCGGAAGCUCAGAGUCUCCUCAGGAACCUGUUCAAACGCAACCCAGCCAACAGACUGGGCGCCGGCCCGGACGGCGUGGAGGAAAUCAAGAGGCAUUCGUUCUUCAGCCGGAUCGACUGGAACAAACUUUUCCGCACAGAAAUUUCUCCUCCGUUCAAACCGGCCGUCGGUCGACCUGACGACACUUUCUACUUUGAUCCUGAGUUCACGGCGAAAACGCCCAGAGACUCGCCGGGCGUCCCGCCCAGCGCCAACGCCCAUCAGCUCUUCAGAGGCUUCAGCUUCGUGGCCAUAACGGAGGAAGAGCCGACGCCGAUGCCUAAUACCAUCGUACAGCAGCUUCACAGAAGCACGUCCCAGUAUUCAGACACCUACGAGAUCAAAGAGGACAUCGGCGUCGGCUCCUACUCCAUCUGCAAGCGCUGCAUCAACAAAGUCACCGGCAUGGAGUACGCCGUGAAGAUCAUCAACAAGGCCAAGAAGGAUCCAACAGAAGAAGUGGAAAUCCUGCUGAGAUACGGACAGCAUCCGAACAUCAUCACCCUGAAGGAUGUGUAUGACGACGGCCGCUCGGUGUUCCUGGUGACGGAGCUGAUGAAGGGAGGAGAGCUGCUGGAUAAGAUCCUGCGGCAGAAGUUCUUCUCUGAGCGGGAAGCCAGCGCCGUGCUCUACACCAUCACCAAGACCGUGGAGUAUCUGCACGUCAACGGGGUGGUGCACAGAGACCUGAAGCCCAGCAACAUCCUGUACGUUGACGAGAGCGGCAACGCCGAGUCCAUCCGAAUCUGUGACUUUGGUUUCGCCAAACAGCUGAGAGCCGAGAACGGUCUGCUCAUGACGCCAUGCUACACCGCCAACUUCGUCGCUCCUGAGGUGUUGAAGAAGCAGGGAUACGAUGCAGCCUGUGACAUCUGGAGUCUGGGCGUUCUGCUAUACACAAUGCUAACAGGUUUUACUCCUUUUGCUAACGGUCCAGACGACACACCAGAGGAGAUUCUGGCUCGGAUCGGCAGUGGGAAGUUCUCCCUCACUGGAGGAUACUGGAACUCUGUCUCUGCUGAAGCAAAGGAUCUGGUGUCCAAGAUGCUGCAUGUAGAUCCUCAUCGGCGACUGACGGCGGCUCAAGUCCUCAGACAUCCCUGGGUGAUGCACAGAGACCAGCUGCCCAAAUACACCCUGAACAGACAGGAUGCACCACACCUCGUCAAGGGCGCCAUGGCCGCCACCUACUCGGCCCUGAACCGGAACGUUCCCCCGGUCCUGGAGCCGGUGGGCUGCUCCACUCUGGCCCAGCGGAGGGGGAUGAAGAAGAUCACCUCCACCGCUCUUUGACUUCGUCCUCCUCCUCUUCCUCCUGUCAACUCUGACCUCGAUCUGAUCGCUGCCGGACCUCCCCGCCGCCCCCUGCGGUCCGGUCCGGUUGGACAGACUACUGAUGGACCUGAGAACCGCUUACGCCAAAUAGAAGCACACCCCGUCUCUGCCCCGCCCUGCACCUUACCGGGUUCUCCUGACUCUUAGCUUUAGCAUCACCAAUCAACACAAACACAAACCCCUGCCCGUGGCCCCG